AACCCGACGCUCUUGGCCUCCUUAAGCUGGAGAUCUGCUCCUCUGCUCCAUGACUCAGAUGAAGGCUGCACUGCUCCUCCUGAAUCCAAAGAUCAUUAGAGGAGGGCUGUCUGACAGCUGGCGAGGCUGACCGUCUGUCUGUCACAAGCAGGAAAUGCAAACGAUGCGGGAGAGCGCCGUUUCCCAUUCUCACUCUGUCGCAUGCAUUCAGUCUCCUCACAGCCAUUUGCAUCCAAGGACCGAAGCAGCAGCGUUUUCUCAUGACUGCGAGACUCGACCUCAAACGAUGACGAUGAGCUUUCUUGGAAAAAUGAGGAACCUGAACAGUGGACCUCCUGCUCCUCCCAGACGCACAGAAAUCAGAGCAGGGUUUGAAUGGCCACAGGAAGAAUUUGACGACGAGGACGGAGACAUGUACGAAGUACCUCCUUGUGAGCGUGCUCCUCUUAAAGCGCCCUCAAGCCAAGGACAAGAAAACAUUUAUUUAGAAAGGUCGUCCAACCCCACAGCUCAACAGAGGGGGGUCACCCCUAUCCCACCCCGACCAGGAAAACCUCCGAAACCUCACAAAGAGGAGCUCUUCAGUGAUUCCAACAGCAAAAAACCGCCUGAAAUAGACAGAAACGACAAGCCCGGGAGGAAGGUGAGGCCUCCUCCUGCAGCCGCUCCUGCUCCCGCCGCUGUCCCUGCAGCUGAAGAUGACGACGUGUAUCUGGAUCCAAACACAGAACAGGAAGAUAAUGAUGUGUACUUAGAGCCAGAAGCAGCUUGCCCUGCUCCCAAACGUGGACCAGCCAGAGCGCCGCCGUUGUCCAAACCGUCUCCCGCUCCUCCCAAACCCACGAUGAAACCUUCACUUCGAGGAUCUAGUACAUCAGUGUUUCCUCCAAUGCCUGACAAAAAAUCAAGUGACGAAAGACGUGCCAGUACACCCAGAGCCCCCCCACCCACUCCUGGAGCAAAGCCUCCAUUACCGGGGAACAUGAAGGAUCCGAAGCCCAUGCCUCCUGUUCCUCCGAUGGCCGACACAAAGCCUGCAGGUGGGCUUAGGAAAUCUGGAUCAUUUGGGACGGAGGAAAAGGAUUGGUUUGCUGGAGACUGCAGUAGAAAAGAAGCUGAGGAACUUUUACAGAGAUAUAAAAAGGACGGUGUCUUCCUGAUCCGACACAGCUCCAACCAAAGCUCCACCCAGCCGUACACCCUGGCCAUGCUCUACCAGCAGAAGGUGUACAACAUUCCUGUCCGAUUCCUGGAAGAAACUCAGAGCUAUGCCCUCGGAAAGGAGGGCAAGAGGAAUGAAGAGGUUUUCUCCAGUCUUGAUGAGAUGGUUUCCUACCACAGGAAAAACCAAAUCCUUCUGAUUGACAGCAGGAGCCAGGCCAAGCACACAGCGAACCUAACCCAAGCUGCACGCUCUUGAAACCACUCCAACAGUUUGCCGUGCUGAGAUUCACUGGAGGCACAAGCUCACAUCUUUCUUUAUGAAAACACCACAGGGCGUCUUUCAGACGAGAGGAACCACGAGCUGCACCAGACGGAAGCAAAAGGCUUAGAAAUCACUUGACGGAGUGAUUUUAAAACACAACAUCGUUUUAGUGAAUAUUGCACAAGUGAAAAAAAAAACACUUUUCUGAGAUGGAAACUCACUACAACACUCAUUCAGUUGGUUUGGUGGAAGUAAAGACUCAUUAUUAAAUUGCUCUAGUCAUAAUAUGUUGUCAUGUAUUCAAAUCACUUCAUAACUGCAUGUUUUGCAUUUUUUCCGAUUCCUUGGAAUGUUCUGUAGUUUUGACGUGUUAUUUUAAAUAUAUUUAAAGACUUUUUUCCUGUAUUUCUUUUCAAAACUUCCAAAAGAUAUCCUACAUCUAACUAAAUAUGUUUUUAAAACUGUUUCUGAGGUGUUUAAAGGUCAUAAAUGCUGGAAUUGAAUGCAACACCCCCCGACAACAAAAUGUGCCUACGUUUUAGCUUCUCAUUACUGUCGUGUUUUACCUAUAUUUAUAAAACAAAGCUGAGCUUUUCUAAAAUGCAAACUUUUAUGCAAAUGUUGGUGCAACGUUUGCAUGAACUAAAUAAUGCCCUGGAGUCCGUUUAUGAAGCACUCGUGCGUGAAGCUCCCACAGAGGCUCUUAUGACCGCCUGACCAAUGCAAACACCACAAAGUGCAACGUAGGGAAAGUUUUAUUUGUUGCAGUUAUUUACCAACUUUCAAUAUUCUAAUAAAAAAUAAAAUUACAUC